AUGUGCACCGAAGAGUACAUCUCCUACCAAUGCGGCCACCGCUCCAUGAGCGUGGUGCGUCCCUGCCCCAUGACCACAUCCGGACACAACUUCCCCGUCUGCUCGGGUCCCCUUGAGAGAGCUCAGGUUUCCGAGACCAUGUGCUGCGCCUGCGAGCGCCAGCUGCAUUCCCGCUGGGUGCUGAUCCGGGAGUGGGAGCACCGCUGGAUGCAUGAGAGGGGGGUUUGUGGAUGCAAGGUGGUUUUUCCUGGGCUGUUGACUACGCCUAGGGUUACGGGGGAGUCGUCUACUGCGGUUGGAGACUUGGUGGUUAAGGAGGAGGACAAGAAGGCUUCGUCUGAUGUUGUGGCCUCUGAUCAGACGGACAUGGACCUUCAGACAAAGGUUGAUCUACAGACGAAGAAUGUUCAGACGGACACUUCCAAGAACAACACCACGGCUCUAACCAACAAAGACAAAGACAACCAUGUUCCUGCCCUUUUCACCGAGGGAGUCAGUUCCUCUGGCGAACCCCAUGUCGUUGUCCGCCUCCCCGGCCUUUAUGCCGCUGAGUGGCACGCAGACCAUGCUGCUCUGCACAAAGAGGGCAAAUGCACCUGCAACGCAGACUUCCGUCCCUUCACCCCUGGCGUGAGCGAAGAGGAUAUGUCGCCCCAAGACAAGGAGACUCUGCGCAAGUGCCGUGAGGCCAACGCGGCGGCGGAGUCAAAAUCGCCACGGGGCACAGACAGACGGGGCGAGGACAAGCCCAUCACCAUGGAGCAGCGUAUUGCCGAGAUCAAGGAGGAGUUUGGCGAAUUCGAGGUGGAGGGCGAGAUCCCGGAGCGGGAGCAGGCCCAUCAGCUGCCCACCAUGAUUUAUUACUAUCCUUCCACUGGAAAUCUCACCGAACCCGCCGCAUCGGAAACUCCAGCCCACAAGAGCGAGCACCACAAGCUCAAACCGUCGGCCAGCGCUGCUUUCGGCAAAACCCCUCGCAAGAGCACGCUGCCAGCGCCGCACCCAUCUCUGCCCCCUCGCCCCAAGACACCCACCCGCGGCUUUCACCACCACCAGCUCGUGGCGGCUCCCUCCAAAUUCUCAACCCCCUCGGCCUCCCGCUACCAGCCGACCCAACCUCAAUUCUACCCGCCGACUCCCUCCACCACCCGAGUCGCGGCGCAGCGGGUCUACAACCCCAACCACAACCAUAACUACAACGGCCACAACAACCAGUAUCGCCACCAGCACUCCGGAGGCGUCGAGUACACCCCGAGCCACCGCCAGCAGCACUAUUACGAACCGACCGGCCCGGCCUACGCCACGCCGACUACCUACUCCGACGGCAUUCCGUUUGGCGCCUACCCCUGGGCUGCCCAGCCGCAGCAGACACCUGCUGGCAAGCCGUGGGCCGCUCAGGGUCCGAGACCGUAUCGCACUCCGGGGGUUGGUUGCUCCCAUGGUGGUUCGAGCUACUCGCCGGCGGGCGGUCACAAUUAUAGUGGUAGCGGUGGUCAGGGUUAUUAUCAGCAUAACACACCCGGCACCGGCGCUGGAACUGGUCAAACCCCGGCGGUCGGUUCUGGUUCCCAGCAGCGUAGGGUGUAUGCCAACUCCAACACUAGCCCAAGCCCUAACCCAGGCCCUCUCGGCAGCGGUAGCAAUGGCAGCGAGAACAACAAGAGUAACAACAAUUCCUCUACUCAACAGCCCGGCCGCGGCCCCAGGAGCAAGCGCGGCGGCCGUGGAGUCGGCAACCGUAGGGUUUCGGACUCGCAGUCUGAGUCGCAGUCGCAGUCUGAGUCGCAGUCGCAGUCUGAGUCGAAAUCGAAUUCGGGUUCUGGGGGUUCUUGGUUGAGUUCGAGCGAGAGCGAUGGGACUGAGACUUAUGUCGCUGAGGAUGGUCACGACGAGCUUGACAACCAGGGCCAAGACAACCAUCACCAUACCGACGACCAUGAUAGCCAUGACAACCUCAACACCAAGCACCAGCAGGACGUUCAGGGCCACCAGGAGCAACGGGAGCAGCCCCAAGAGCAGAAAGAGGAGAAGCACACCCCCCUCUGCGGCCUCCCCAUCGGUGCCGGGCCCGAAGGUGUCUCCCACAUGCCGUCCUGGUCCAACUGCCCUUUGCGCCGGCGGAGCGCGAGUGCCGGUGCGAGUGCCGGACCGGGACGUCUGACGAUCUCUGAGGGACUUUAUGAGUCGGAUGAAUCUGAUGACGAGUCGGACGAUUCUGCUUCUACUUCCGUUGAUGAGGAUGGUUCCGCUGCUGGUGAGGAUGAGGUUGAGAUUGCUGGUAAGGUUCAGAUUGCUGAGUUGGAGGCUGGGGUGGAUGGGAUUGAUGGGGUCAACGUCGAGGGAAUUAAGGGAGAAGGACAGACUGAGUCGGGGAUUUGGGGUGAAGGUUGGGAUGAGGGAGAAGAGGAUGAUGACGAGGAGGAUUAUGAGGAGACGGAGCACAAGAUGCCACGUCUGCAGAGGAGGCAUUCGGCUUCUGCUUGA